AUGUCGUUGAGACCGAAAGUAAUUGAUUUUAAUGAUAGAUGGCCGACUGUUCUCGAUACAAUACGAUGUGUAAUUAGUUUAAGUCGUUAUGGCGCAAUUAACAAGCAAACAUGGCAUACACAUAUUUAUGACUUGUGUGUUUCAACACCGGAAAGUCAUGCUGAACGUCUUUAUGAAGAGACAAAACGGUUUCUUGAAGAUCAUACAACAUCGAUGAAAAAAGAUAUUUCGGAUGCUGAUCAAGAUAUGUUAACAGUAUACGUCAAAUAUUGGACUGAAUAUAGCAGUGGAGCACAAUAUCUCAAUCUCCUUUAUGGAUAUUUAAAUACACAAUUUGUUAAAAAACGUCAAGCAAAUGAACACGAAAACUAUCCAUCAAUCGAGUGUAAUUUAGAGUCAAAUGAUCAACAAUUAAUAGAAAUUGGAGAAAUGGCAUUUGAUUGUUGGACAAAAAUAAUAAUUGAACCAUUAAAAGAUCGUCUAGUUAAUCUACUACUAGAACAAAUUCACAGAGAUCGAAUAAAUGAAAGUGUAAAUCAAGCAACAAUCAAAGGAGUAAUUAUGUCAUUCGUUGAUGUUUGUCAACAUCGAAAAAAAUUUCCAUUAGAAUUAUAUGAAAAAUCAUUUGAAGCACAGUUAUUGCAAGCAACCGGUGAAUAUUAUAAACAAGAAGGAAAUCGUUUACUAUCCGUCCUGAAUUGUGUUCAAUAUAUGAAGAAGGUGCUAUUAUUAUUGGAUGAUGAAGAAUUUCGUAGUCGAAAAUUUUUAAAUCCAACAUCUUAUACAAAAGUCUAUAAUGAAUGUCAUCUAUAUUUAAUUAUUGUAAACAUGGAAAUUUUUAAAAAUGAAUGUAAUAAAUUAAUUGUGGAAGAAGAUAUGGAAGCAUUACAAAAUAUGUAUAAAUUAUUGAAACCAAUUCAAACGGGUAUUCAAUAUAUGGUUGAACGUUUACAAGAUAAUAUAACACAUAUUGGAAAUGAAAAAGUUCAAUCACUCAAAGGAGAAAAUUUGCCAACAUUAUUUGUCGAAACAUUACUUGAAUUACACAAUAAAUAUGGAAAUGUUAUACGUGAUGUAUUUUCAAAUGAUCAAGAAUUUGUUAGCUCUCUUGAUAAAGCCUGUGCGAAUAUUGUAAAUAUGAAAUAUGAUCCAAAACAAGCCUCAAAAGCACCUGAACUAUUAGCUCGUUAUUGUGAUAAUUUAUUACGUAAAUCAUCUAAAUCAGCUACAGAACAAGAAAUUGAAGAUAAAUUAUUAGCUUCUAUAACAAUAUUUCAAUAUUUAGAUGAUAAAGAUUAUUUUCAACGAUUUUAUCAAAAAAUGCUUGCCCGACGACUUAUUAAUAAUCAAUCAACUUCUAUAGAUGCUGAAGAAUUUAUGGUUACAAAAUUAAAACAAACAUGCGGUUAUGAAUUUACCGGUAAAUUAGCACGUAUGUUUCAAGAUAUUAAAGUUAGUGAUGAUUUAAAUUCAAAAUUUUUGGAACGUUUAAAAGUCAUCAUGUCUGCUGAUCAUCAUCAUCAGCAGCAUCAGCAGUCAUCUACCACAACCACAAUGGCAACUUUAAUUGGAAUCGAUUUUAGUAUCUAUGUUUUACAAGCAAAUUCGUGGCCGAUAUCUCAAACGAGUACAAAUACAUUUUCUAUACCUCAACAAUUAGAAAAACCGUUACAUAUGUUCGAAGAAUUUUAUGGAAAUCAAUACAAUGGAAGAAAAUUAUGUUGGAUGCAUAAUCUUUCUACCGCUGAAGUUCGAAUGUGUCAUCUUGAUCGUCCAUACUUCGUAACAAUGGGUACAUACCAAAUGGCUAUAUUAUUAUGUUUCAAUGAAUCUCAACGAUUGACAGUAGGAGAAUUAGAAGAAGCGACAAAGCUAAAUACUAAAGAAUUAGAAAAACAAAUACAAUCAUUGAUUGAAGGCAAAUUUUUAUUAGGAAAUGCGAAUGAAUUGAAAUCUGAUUCAGUACUCGAAAUUAAUUUUGAUUAUAAAAGUAAACGAACAAAAUUUAAAAUAUCAUUUAUUGGACAAAAAGAUAAAAUACAAGAAGCAGAAGCUGCUCAACAGGCGGCCGAUGAAGAUCGAAAAUUUUAUCUUCAAGCUGUUAUCGUACGGAUUAUGAAGGCACGCAAAAUGCUCAAGCAUAAUUCGUUGAUAGAAGAGGUAAUUACCCAGUCAAAACAACGUUUUAUGCCAUCAAUUCAGUUAAUUAAAAAAUGUAUUGAAAUAUUGAUCGAUAAACAAUAUCUUAAACGGACUUCAACUGAUGAAUAUAGUUAUGUGGCAUGA